GCUGUGCAGUGGGAGAGGGUGCUAAUGAACGUGGAAGGAAGCCAGCAGGGGGAGCCAUACGCUGGCCCAGCCAGGCCCAAGAGCUUUUUUUCUGCCAUCACUCCGGGAUGCGUGCAUGAUGGAUCUUGCUACCCCCUGGCCCUGGCUGAGUGGUUGUGCUCCUUGGUGGCCGAGGGCCAUGCUAAGGAGCCCGUCAGGCGGUAGUCCGCAGAAUCAGUGGUAGGGCUCUAGGGAGCCCGUGGGACCAGCCAGCCGGAGAGAAUUCAGGGUGAUUUUCUCAUGAUUCUUUAUGUGUGGGUCUGGUAGACCGUUCUGUGAAAUGGACCAAGGGUUCACCUCAAGCCCUCCUCCGGAGCGGGUGACUUGGGUCUGGGGGUUGUGGGAAUGCAGAGCACGACAUUCAGCUAAAAAAGCAGUGAUGCCAGGGGCUGGACCGGGUGCCCGAGGCAACGUGGUCCCUGCCCUCGGGGAGUGGACGGUCUGGUGGGGGAGGGACAGGGAUUGAACAGGUACGGGCACAUGUGAUCAUCGCUACGGAAGGAGGGAAGAUGAGACAUUCUAGUUGCAGAGGGAGACGGUGGAGUUCACGGUGCUGAUGGAUUUGGGGCCUGGAGCCCAAGUUCAUUACGCCAGCCAGCUUUGCUAUUUCCUAUCUGGUGUGACCUUGGAUGAAUCAUUUCACUUCUCUGUGCCUGUCCUGUAACAGAAUGAUCACAGUUGACGGUGCGACACGAUGGGUCAAUGCUAUAGAGUUCUUAGGACCGCGCCUGCCUUUAGGAAGCAUGCGGUGAACAUCAGCUAUUAUUAUUGUUGUUGUUGGCCUACUCGAGGGGCUUGGGCGGGGUUUCCUCUAGCUUGAGACUUGAAGCAUGAGUAGUAGUUAGUGGAAGGGGGGUGGGAGGAUGCUGUAUUCACACAGGUCGGCUGGCAGGUCCGUGUGGCGACAGCAAUGAGUCUGACAGGCAGAGUGGCAGGAAGUCAAGAGGAGAGGGAGUCAGGGGCCAGAUCACCCUACAUUUCAUAAGCCAGGGUAAGCGCAUGCUCCUUCUGCGGGCCAUGGGAACCUCUGAAGUUGUCGGGCGGAGGCGUUACGGAAUGGUUAGGUCAGGUUGCAGAACGCAGAAUCAGGAUGGGUAGGGGCCUUGCCGGGGAGGGGGGGGGGGUUUCAGGUCAGAAAAGAUGCUGGUUUCAACUUAGGUGCUACAGGCAGGCACAUUUGAGAGAGACUUAGGAGGGAGAAUCAAGAUCUGAAGUGGAAGGGAUUAUUAGGGACGCCUCUCGAGCAUCCGGCUUGAGCAGAGUUGGAGGAAGGUGGGACCGGUAGAGAAGAGCAGGCUAGGGAGUAGGAAGGUCGUUUAUCAGUCAUGAAAUAAACCUUUCUCGUGGGUCUCGUUUGUGCUAAGCCCUGAACUGGCCUCAGGGAUACAGUGAUGGGCCAGAUCAGACAUCAGUUCUGCCCUCAUAGAGCUUAUUGUGGGGGCCAGAUCAGACAUCAGUUCUGCCCCCAUAGAGCUUAUUGUGGGGAAGCCGGAAUGAAUCAAAUAAUAAGGUAAAUAAAUGUAAAAUUGUGGCUCAGGUGAUGAAGAGGCAGUGAGGCUAGGAGGGAAGGGGACAACCAGAGGAAGUGAUGUGGCCAGAGGUCAAGGAAGGCUUCCUGAUAGUUGAGGUGUGAUUGAAGAAAGAGAAUGCCCACCAGAUGAACAGGACAGCAUGUGUCAAGGCCCUGUGGCGGGCGGGAGUAUGGCAUGUUUGCGCGACUGGGUCAUUGUGCCCGGAGUGGAGCGAACACAGGGGCCUGGAGGGGGAGACAGUCUUGGAUGUAUAGGGAGAGCCGACGGACGAGAGGCGGAGAGGGCCUAGAAUGAGCUUUGAGGAGCUUCGGUGGUUCAGCCGUCCAGAAGGGGAGCACAGUCCUUGCAAGGGAGACUGAGGACGUGCACCCUGAGAGGCGGGAAGGCCAGAACGGUCGACGGGGUCAAGUGUUUCUGAGAAGCCAGGCAAGAGAAGGACUUGAAACGGUCCACUGGGCUUAGUGCCAGGGAAGUCACCGGCCACUUUAGCAAGACCUGGUACUCCAAGACCGAGGUUCCCGACCCGGGGCGGUUUGCUCCCUUCCUCCCUGCCCUCCCCCCCGCCCCCCGCCCGGGGGACAUUUGGUAAUGUCUGGACACAUUUUGGGCCGUCACAGCUUGGGAUGGGGGCUAUGCUCCUGGCAUCUAGAAGGUAGGGGCCAGGGGUGCUGCUAAACCUUUCGUGAUGCAGAAGACAGCCUCCUACAACAAAGAGCCAUCUGGUCUCGGGGGUCCAGAGUGCUGUGGUGGAGAAGCCCCGUCAGAGCACCACCCGAAGGGAACCUUGUGAGAAGCCGGGUGACCAGCAGAGGCACUUCUUAGAAGCUUGAUUAGAGAUAAGACAAGUGGAAGAGAGACAGGAGAUACGAGGGUUGGCUGCCGGCAGGCACGGGGGGCGGGGGACUUUGUUAAGAGAGAGACGUGAACGUCUUUGAAAACCCUGGUGGGAGGGUCCCCCUGAAGAGACGGUUGAAUAUCGAGCAGAGGUGAGGCGUGAUGGACAAGCUCUCCUAUCGCCCGAGAACGUUCAGAUGGAGACGUUGCAUAUGGAGGGGCGAUGGGUCAACAUGUCUUCUGUCACUGGAGGGGUACCCUAGAGGCUCGGAGCAGACGGGGAGGGAAGUGAGUAUGGUAGGCCAAAUAAUGGCCCCCUCAAGAUGGCCGCAUCCUCAUCCCCGGAUCCUGUACGGAUGUCCUCUUAGAGGCCAAAAGGGACUUACUUUCCAGGCGUAAUUCAAUUAAGGCGCUUGAGGUGGGGAGAUUAUCUUGGUUUAUCGGGGUGGGCCUCGUGGAAUUACAAGCAUUUUUAUGGGAGGGAGGCAGGAGAGUCAGAGUCAGAAAGACAAGAUUGGAAGAUGUUAUCCUGCUGGCCUUGAAGAUAGAAGAAGGAGCCAGGAGCCAAGGGAGUGCAUGCAGACAGCUUCUAGAAGCUACAAAAGGCAAGGAAGUAGAUUCUUCCCUCAAGCCUCCAGAAGGAACUCAGCCCGCUGCCGACGCCUCGAUCUUAGGACUUGUGACCUCUGGAACCGUGAGAUAAUAAACGUGUGGUGUUCGAGAACCACCGUGUCGUGGCAGUUUGUUAAGCAGCGCUAGGAACUGAGUGCGGUGCCUGGGGGACGUCUGCUAACACGUGCGGAGCUGUGGAGAGAGCUGGCCUGAGACGGGAGAGCGGCGAAGAUUGUGGACAAGAAUAACCGCUACAAGUCCAUAGAUGGGUCAGACGAGACUAAAGCCAACUGGAUGAGGUACGUGGUCAUCUCCCGGGAAGAGAGGGAGCAGAACCUGCUGGCGUUCCAGCACAGCGAGCACAUCUACUUCCGAGCCUGCCGGGACAUCCGGCCCGGGGAGCGGCUCCGGGUCUGGUACAGCAAGGAAUACAUGAAGCGCCUGCACAGCAUGUCCCAGGAGACCAUCCACCGCAAUCUGGCCAGAGGAGAGAAGAGGUUGCAGAGGGAGAAGUCUGAACAGGCUCUGGAUAACCCAGAAGACCUGAGGGGUCCCCUUCCGCUCCCCGUGUUGAGACAGGGCAAAAGUCCCUACAAGCGUGGCUUUGACGAGGGGGAUGUGCACCCCCAGGCCAAGAAGAAGAAGAUUGACCUCAUUUUCAAGGACGUGCUGGAGGCUUCCCUGGAAUCCGCGAAGGCGGAAGCGCACCAGCUGGCACUGAGCACCUCGCUGGUCAUCAGGAAAGUCCCCAAGUACCAGGACGAGGCCUACAGUCGGUGCGCCAUGACCGUGUCACAUGGCGUGCAGAAUGUCGGCCGGACCCAGGGGGAAGGGGACUGGAAGAUCCCCCAGGGGGUUUCCAAGGAACCAGGCCCGUUGGAGGAUGAAGAAGAAGAACCUUCGUCCUUCAAGGCCGACAGCCCCGCCGAGGCCUCCCUUGCGUCCGACCCUCACGAGCUCCCCACCACCUCCUUUUGCCCUAACUGUAUUCGCCUAAAGAAGAAAGUCCGGGAGCUCCAGGCCGAACUAGAUAUGCUUAAGUCUGGGAAGCUUCCUGAACCCCCCGUGCUGCCCGCACAGGCCCUGGAGCUCCCGGAGCUCUCGGACCCCGCAGCCUCCGAGAGCAUGGUGUCCGGCCCCGCCAUCCUGGAGGACGACGACCAGGAGGUCGACUCGGCCGACGAGUCCGUCUCCAACGACGUGAUGACCGCCGCCGACGAGCCCUCCAAGAUGUCGUCCGCCACCGGGCGCCGGAUCCGGCGCUUUAAGCAGGAGUGGCUCAAGAAGUUCUGGUUCCUGCGGUACUCCCCCACGCUCAACGAGAUGUGGUGCCACGUCUGCCGCCAGUACACGGUGCAGUCGUCGCGCACGUCGGCCUUCAUCAUCGGCUCCAAGCAGUUCAAGAUCCACACCAUCAAGCUGCACAGCCAGAGCAACCUGCACAAGAAGUGCCUGCAGCUGUACAAACUGCGCAUGCACCCCGAGAAGACGGAGGAGAUGUGCCGCAACAUGACCCUGCUCUUCAACACCGCCUACCACCUGGCCCUCGAGGGCAGGCCCUACCUGGACUUCCGGCCCCUGGCCGAGCUCCUGCGGAAGUGCGAGCUCAAGGUGGUGGACCAGUACAUGAACGAGGGCGACUGCCAGAUCCUCAUCCACCACAUCGCCCGCGCGCUGCGCGAGGAUCUGGUGGAGCGCGUCCGCCAGUCGCCCUGCCUCAGCAUCAUCCUGGACGGGCAGAGCGACGACCUGCUGGCCGACACGGUGGCCGUCUACGUCCAGUACACCAGCAGCGACGGGCCCCCGGCCACGGAGUUCCUGUCCCUGCAGGAGCUGGGCUUCUCCGGCACGGAGAGCUACCUGCAGGCCCUCGACCGGGCCUUUUCUGCCCUGGGCAUCCGGCUGCAGGACGAGAAGCCCACCGUCGGCCUGGGCCUAGACGGGGCCAACGUCACGGCCAGCCUGCGCGCCAGCAUGUUCAUGACCAUCCGCAAGACGCUGCCCUGGCUGCUGUGCCUGCCCUUCAUGGUGCACCGGCCCCACCUGGAGAUCCUGGACGCCAUCAGCGGGAAGGAGCUCCCCUGCCUCGAGGAGCUCGAGAACAACUUGAAACAGCUGCUCAGCUUCUACCGCUACUCGCCGCGCCUCAUGUGCGAGCUGCGGUCCACGGCGGCCACCCUGUGCGAGGAGACGGAGUUCCUGGGGGACAUCCGCGCCGUGAGGUGGAUCAUCGGGGAGCAGAACGUCCUCAACGCCCUCAUCAAAGACUACCUGGAGGUGGUGGCCCACCUCAAGGACGUCAGCAGCCAGACCCAGCGGGCGGACGCGUCCGCCAUCGCCCUGGCCCUGCUGCAGUUCCUCAUGGACUACCAGUCGGUCAAGCUCAUCUACUUCCUCCUGGACGUGAUCGCCGUGCUCUCGCGCCUGGCCUACGUCUUCCAGGGCGAGUACCUGCUGGUGUCCCAGGUGGACGACAAGAUCGAGGAGGCCAUCCAGGAGAUCAGCCGGCUGGCCGACUCCCCGGGGGAGUACCUGCAGGAGUUCGAGGAGAACUUCCGGGAGAGCUUCAACGGGAUCGCGAUGAAGAACCUCAGGGUGGCCGAGGCCAAGUUCCAGUCCGUCCGGGAGAAGAUCUGUCAGAAGACCCAGGUGAUCCUGGCCCAGAGGUUUGAUUCCCGCAGCCGGAUCUUCGUGAAAGCCUGCCAGGUGUUCGACCUGGCCGCCUGGCCCAGGAACAGCGAGGAGCUCGUGAGCUACGGCAAGGAGGAUGUGGUGCAGAUAUUCGAGCACCUGGAGGCCAUCCCCACCUUUUCCCGGGACGUCUGCAGGGAGGGGCUGGACCCCCGGGGCAGCCUGUUGAUGGAGUGGCGGGAGCUCAAGGCCGACUACUACACCAAAAACGGCUUCAAAGACCUCAUCGGCCACAUCUGCAAGUACAAACAGAGGUUCCCGCUCCUGAACAAGGUCAUCCAGGUCCUCAAGGUCCUCCCCACUUCCACCGCCUGCUGCGAGAAAGGCCGCAACGCCCUGCAGCGAGUUCGCAAAAACCACCGCUCCCGCCUGACCCUGGAGCAGCUCAGCGACCUCUUGACGAUCGCCGUGAACGGCCCGCCCAUCGCCAGCUUCGAUGCCAAGCGAGCCCUGGACAGCUGGUUUGAGGAGAAGUCUGGCAACAGUUACGCGCUGUCGGCCGAGGUCCUCAGCAGGAUGUCCGCGCUGGAACAGAAGCCGGUGCUGCAGACCGUGGACCACGGGUCAGAGUUUUACCCGGACAUCUAGGGGGCCGGCGUCAGUCACAGAGUUCACUAAGCUGUUGAAUAUUUUUUUAAUCUAUACUCAUAAGCUUUGAUAUAUUAUAUAAAUAUAUAUUAUAUUAUAUAUAUAUAUAUACAUAUACAUAUAUAUAUAUAUAUAUAUAUAUAUAUAUAUAUAUAAACCCACACUGAAAAUUUUUAAGAACCGAGGUGACACAUCCACCAGAAGCCACUGGGAGCUUUCACAAAGGAACGAUGUUGGAAACCGACUCUUGUCUACAAGAUCCCGCAGCCGUUUUCACUCACGGAAGCACGUGCUGGGGCCACACGCGUUCCCGCCUAACAGCCAACCAACAGCCUAAGCUAAAACGACGGGUCUCUGUCAUCACCUUUAGGUGGUUUGUUUCGUUUUAUGUUUUCGUUUGGGGGGGGUGGAGGGGCUGGGGUUUGGGUUUCUGUCUUGCCUUUUCUUUUCCCGUUUGGUUUACGACGGGGGUUCUUGGCCUCUUCGCUGCCAUGCUGGUGUAGCUGAGUCCCAUCUCUGAUUUUGGAGGGGGGCAGGUGGUGUAUCCGGAUUGGGGUGUGUGUGUGUGACUUUCUCCCUUGUCCCACCUGAUUUCAGCUUGAGAGGUUUGUACUUGUUUCCUGUUGAGCGUUCCUUCACUGUCUUAGAAACAAACGUGUCGGUCAAACUGUGACACCCACCACUCCCCACCUCUGUCACCUCUCCCGUCUCUGGGUUCUGGAUUCCCUCCUUCCAGCCCCCUGGAUCCUGAAGAUAUUACCUGUCGUACUGAAGGCAGAACUGCCUUACAACCGAGCUUGAAAUCGUGGGGAAGGGACAAGGUGUGUGUUGGGGGGUGGGGGGGGUGGGAAUUUUUUUUUGCAUUCCUGUUCUCCCGUGGUGUGGGGUAAAAUAAUAUAAUUCCGUUCAGAUCCAGGACUUUGGGGGAAAUGAAGAUCCAGGAAGUCCAGACCCUCACAGGGCAGCGAUUUUUGGCUAAAAGCAAGUCCGAUGGAGAGUGUGGAUUCAAUUUACGUGAAUUAUUUAUGCUGUGUCUUUAUAAUCAUAUGAUGUGUUGGGGGUAUUUUUUUGUGCAUUUAAUAAUCAAAUGCCUGCUAUAGUUCAGUGGCAGGAGAUGUCAAUGCAAGUUGUGCCCUGGGUUGUGCGUGACUCCAAGGACGGUCUCUAGAAACGGAGGCCUUCUUUGGUGACAAGGCUGAUAAUAAACCCUUCAGCCUGGCAGGAGGCAGUGGGGAGCCAGGCCUUGCAUCCAUGCCUGUGAAUGCCUCCUUUUUUGAACAGGGUAGAGAUGUCCUAAAGAAAAGGAAUAAACAAGAGGUCAGACGGGACUCUCAAGGCAGCAGCCUACACACACACACACACACACACACACACACACAGACGCGCACACACGCACGUACACACACACACACACACACACACAACCACAAUAUAAGCUUUAGAAAUAGCCACUUGCCUAUUCCCUGGGGCAAGUAAUGGUUUUAAGCUAGAGGAGUCUGAUCGAUGCUCUUUUGUUCAUUUAACUACCAGUAUACCUCGCAAGGGAGUUUUUUUAAACAAAAUGUGCGUGAGCUGUUACAAACUUCUGUUCAUGUUUCCACAUCUGAUUUAUGCAUAUCUGAUAUGCAGAGAUCCUACAUUGUGGGUGCAGGUCGUGUUUGGGGGAGGAAGGAAGAUCCGCGUUGUCCGUGGUCAGGUCCUCUCACUCGGCAGAGGGUGGGCAGAGGACGGUGUGAUCGGGCCACAGGCCAGGCCCCCGUGUCUCCAACCUGCUCGGCUCAGACGUAGAACUGUGGUGGCUUCCUUCCUUCUUGGUUUAGCUUGUCUCCGAGGCCUCGUGCCACUGUCGAGAACCGUAGUGGAAAUGUCAUCAACACUGAACAUGUCAUUCCCCUUUCCUUGUCCUUGCCCGUACCUUCACUCCCCACACGUCCCCUCCCCCCACCCCUAUGGUCUUGGUGCUAAGAUAACUUUAGAAUCAUUGCUGCUAGUUGAUAGCUUUUCAUUAUAUAAAUAUAUUAUAUAUAUAUAUAUUAUAUAUUAUUUUUGAAACUUUUUCGUUUGUUUUCAACAGUGAUGUAGCAUGUUAAAAAAAAAAAAAAAAAACAAGAAACAAACAAAAAAAAAAAACCACCCGGUUUUCUCCAACUGUCCCACUGCCAGGCCUCAUAUGCUGCCUUGUUCAACAAAUCAAUGCACCCCUGCCUGGUGACAUUCACCACCCACCCCCCCCCCUCCUGGCCCCCUUCCCAGUCCCUCGUACUUCCCCACCCUCCUCUGAACAAGGAGAGAGCAGAAACUAGCAAGGAAACACCCAAAGCUCUUUCUGAGGCUUCGGAAUUCCCAGCCUCAAACCAUGUCCGUACUUCAAGCUGAUGUGUUCCCUACCCCCCCCCGCCCCCCGCCCGCCCUCCGCCGCUCCUCCCAUCCGGGUCAGUAUUUGUGGUCAAGUGGGAUGCCCUUGCAAAGCACAAGGUUCCACCCUACCCUCCCGGACAUUCUGUCCGCCGCGCACAAAAACUAUCAUGCCUGUGGGAGCUUUCUUGGAACAUCACACGGACCGAGGUGGGUUGGGGGCAGAGAAGGCUGGCAAGGGGAACCUUGGUGGGGGCCGGCAAAAGUAGGUUGGGAUCCUUUCUUUGAGCCACCAGUUGCCUUAGACCUUCUCCUUUCCCCUUCUGCUCCUCUCCUCCCACUACACUGGGAGCCAUCCCCUGGACCACUCAUUUGAAAACCGGGAAGAGAGAAUCACUGAUGUCUGCCUGAGGACUGGUCAGGGCCGUGACUGUUUCAAGAGGCCAUGGCCCGAAUUAGCUCCGAUUUAUAUCCAGACGGGGAAAAAGAUCCUUCGGGCCUACGCCAGCAUCUGCCGUGAGCCGGUGACAUACCUCUGGGCUAGGAGCAUGAGCGCGUGCUAGCAGCACGGGGACUGCGGGUGGUCUCCUGCCGGGCCAGGCUCCACGCCCGGGGCAGGUUGAGCUCUCUCGGGGGCCGGGGGUGCUCGAAGUUUGGCAAGGCGCUCUAAAACUCCGGGUGCUCAUGGCUUCUGUUGAAUCCAGCCAGGCCUGGGUGGUGUGAGGCACUCUGAAGGCCACUUUACCUUGGGACCGGAAGUAACCAGGGCACAAUUUGGGUGACACGCCCACUGCAAUUUACACAGGGUCUUUUUUUCAACCCGGAUGCUCCCGGGAGGCUCAGCGCUCCCAGCCUGUGAAUGUCGCGCGUGAUUUCUAACAUGGGAGUUGCCACUCUCCCGCCUCCUCGUGAAAGACUUUCGGGAGAACGGGCCCCCCCAGGGUCUCGCCCAGGGAACCACAGGCUUAGCUAGCCUGAUCUCCCUUUGAUGGGUAUAAAAAGCUGUGGCCGGGCAGUCCUUGUAUCCUAAAUAUGGUCACUUCAGAUGAGACAGAGCCCUUGAGCUCAGCCACUGGCUUAGAAUGACAGGUUUGUCUCCGGGGUUGAGACGUGUCCUAAUUGGGCUGACCGAUGAGUGAUUUUCUUUGGCUCAUAGAGGAGGGUGGGAAGUGAGUUCAGGUUCAUGGCCGUGUGUGCCCAGGAGAUACACUGCACAGCCUGGGCGCCACAAGCCCUUGUGAUUAACAUGGUUCGCUUCCUCUAUUGGAGGACAAAGACACCCCCUGCCAUCCAGUAUCUGUGGAAGCUGAGGGUAGCCCAGCCCCGUCUACAGCUCUUGCCACAUCAGAAUCCCCACGUUUUGCCCACCCGGUCGGACAGGAGAGUCCAGGCAUCCAAAACACCAGGUUUUUAUUUUUAUUUUUACUUUGUCCACGACCGCCUACGACAUUCCUGUCUCCUCAUCCUCACUGGAGAAUGAGGGCGGGCUUGGGCUGCAGGGCGUCUGCUUGGCCGGCCGCGGUGCUGGGCCCUGAACCCAGGGCAGGUGGGGGUCUCGCCCCAGCCCCGCUACCUGUUUCCAUGUUGAGUUGUCUUGCUCAGCCCCCCUGUCCUUGACUUGCUUAUGUCAACCCUCUCAUUUGGAGGAAGGGCCUUGUAAUUAUUUAAGGUAACGUUUAAAUAGCUGCCAUUUGUUUGGACGUGAUACCGAGAAGGAGGAAACAGGGAAGGACGCGUAGAAUGCCGAACGUGGUCGCAGCGAGGCAGAAAUGGCUUAUGGGAUGGGCCCAGCUGGGCUGUGGGGCCGCUGUUCUCCUGAGCCCCGUGGGGUCCAGGAGGCGGCCUGGGGUUGAAGUAGAACUUCUUUUCUAGAUUCCUCCCCGUGUGUUUUCCCUCCCAUCCCCUCUAGGGAUAGGAAUAUCUGGAUCUGGAUCUGGUGGUGGCAUAUGGUCUGGGUUGAAUUCGUGUUUUUCUAGGUCCUACGCCCAGUUUGUGCAGAGGGUUCCGGGGACACUGGACCUCACGCCCCCCCCCUCACCCCUUCAAGUGGCCACCCUAGCCAGGUCAGCCUGGGACAGCCAAAGCAGGGAGGCCAGGCCUCCUUAGGUGAGAAAGGCCGUGUUUGGACAGCAGGGGACCCUGGGACGGUCCCAUUGCAGACACCAGCCUCCUGGGAGUGGUCAUGGGUUCUGUGCUGGGUCGUGGGUUCUGGCCUUGUUUCCUCCUCAUAUCUUGAGGAAGGAAGAUUUCUUCCAGAGACACGUGGGGCCCUUCUGCUUGGAGGGAGACCUCUCUCCUGGUCUCUGCUCACAGGGUCCUUUCGCUGAGUGGAUGGAGCUGUGAUAUUUUAAGAAGCCUUGGAGGUGAUCCUUGUGUGUUAGCCAGAGGGAGAAAAAAAAAGUGCCCUUUUGGGAGGAAAAUGGUACAGCCCUCCUCUUCCAUCUGGCUUUCCCCCCUCCGCCCUGUCCCCACCACCCCCCCCCCAUCCCUUCAAGUGGUGUUGCCCUGGAAAUACCUAUGCAAUCCAGUCUCCCUAGGAGAGCGCAUGGAAGCAGGGGGUAUGUGCAGUGUAUCAUACAAAUGCUACAGCAUAUAUAUUGUAUAUAUGGACAUAUGCCGUACGUAUACACACAGAGUAAGAGAUUAAAUCACGUCUAUAUAUCUAUAAAUAAUAUCCUAUAUAUUUAUACAUUUCUAUGUUUUAAAUAGAUAUAAAAAUAGAGUCUAUAGAGAGCUGGGAGAGCAACGGGAAAGCCUGUCGCUAUGUUGUGCAAAGAGGGAGGAGGCAGGGCCUCUGCAGGGGGAGAUGUGGAAGCCAGGAGGGCACUGUCUGCCGGGAAUGGGGUCUCCUGCCCACAGUGCAGGACAGGAGAGUCCCCGGGCCUCUGCCCUCUCCGCGCACUUUCUCUCCUCUACCGCAGGCUUGGGCUGAGGUGGAAGGAGAUACUCGCCCUCUGAGCUCCAGCCGAAGUGCCCCCCACGUCCCCCCUCACCCCCUGCAGUCCGACGCUUAGGUGGUCACUGCUGCUUGGCCCUGGGACGUGGUCUCUGGGCCCUGGUGGAGGGACCACUGCACAGUUUCCCCUAAUGCCCUCCCCCUACAGGAAUGAGCAGCGCUGGUGGCAACCGGAAAGGUGCACAUUGGACCCAGAGGGGCCCGGGGAGGAUGCCCUCCUUGCCCCCUUAGGUGCUUCUGCUGACCCCUAGAGGCCAAGCCUCUGAAGUGCGGCUGCCCUCCCGCCUCCUUCACCCCCUCCACCGCUGUCUGCCAGGGCGCUGCAGGGGUGAAGCAGGCGGCGUGAACAUCACCAGCCAGUGCUGCCCGCCACGUGGAGGCUUUCUGGCCGGGGCGGGGGGCGCCGGAGAAGGGCGGGAGCGGCAGACCCCCCCGCACCCAGGGCUUCAGUGAAAACUCAAGUUCACAAGCAGGGCUUCGGCUCAGCCCGGUUUGCACAGCUGCUGUUGCUGGCUGUACUCAGGACAACGCUCUCCCCUCCCCCGCGUGGAGGCCCGUGACCCCUCCGCCCACCGCCACCUAACAGGCAGGUUUAGUUCACGUACACUGUUCCGAUUCUGUGACUCGAGGCAGCGGCUGAGCCGGAUGCCCCAAGCUUAUCCGCUUCCACCGGGGAGGACGCCUUCCCUGGCUUUUAUCCCUGCUCCCGCCCCAGGCUGGGAAGGUGUGUCUGGGGCGUCUGGGGAGGCCGCUGGUGCAGCCGGCAGUGCCACCGAGGGCUUGCGUGGCCCCGACCAAAUCAGGAGCCCGUUAGCUUCCGGGUUUCUCUCCACCGUUUCGUUUCCCUGGAGGUAGGAGAGGAGGGGCCGACAGGGCUGCAAGGUGAUAGGAGACAGCCAGCGGCUGCCCCCUCUCCUCCAGACCAGCCUAGGCCUUUCGGCUCUCCAAAGGCACUUACCUCUGUCCCCGAGCCUCCUCUGACCCCACGUCCUCCUCUUCCCUGCCAUCUACCAACGUACCUCAGUCUCCAGCAGACCCGACCUCUACACCUAUGGUCUGGGGCAGGUCUGUUUCGCCAAUGCCCACCUCUUCGCCCCUCCACGUCUGCCUGGGUCUCCUUGAGCCACAGCUGGCUGCCCACUGGGUCUCGGAAUCCCUUCCAGUGCCUCCAGAAAGACCAGGGCGGCCUGAGCCUUCCUGCCACGGUGGUGGGUCAGACCCGUGGCCAGGGGUGGGCAUCCCCGGGUAGCAAUCCACGAUGCACUGUACCUCAGAGAGAGAGCAUACCAUGGGCCUCACGGGCACCGUGCCUCCGUCCAGGCGAGGACAGCCGGUUACAGUAAAUACUGCUUGCAAGGAGACAAGGGCCAGGCUGCCCUCGGGCGCCCCUGCGUCUUCACUUUGGUCUCUCGGGAAGAGCCAGCAGGUCUGAUUUGCUCUUUUUCAGCCCUGUCUCUCUCCUUCUCUCCACCCCCACGCUGCUGAACCGAUUCAUUUCAAUCACAAAGGAAAACUAAGGUGGGGGGGGGGAUACUUAGGAGUCUAUUAUCACACACAUAUUAAUAUGUUAAUACUUUCUUUCUUAAAAAAAAAAAAAAAACCUCUUGACAUUAUUUUGCAGACUACGCUUUAUAGUACCUGUGUGACGGGACCUAGAACACUGGAUACAAAUAGAGCUAUGUUGGUUUAUCAUAAUAUGUACGCAGAAACUUUCCUUUUGUCAUAUUAUCCUUGUAAUGUAAGAAGAUUGUUAAUAAAAGCAUUUAAAUUUA